GGCCUGGGUAACAUACCCUGCCCAUAUAUUCGUAUAUAAAAAACCCUAAAUCUUCACAACUAGGGCUUCGUUUCAUCUAGUAGCUGCUGUAUCCUCUACGUUCGCUUCUCUCUGCAGCGCCAAUCUCUCAGCAGCCAUGAUCAUUCCAGAGAAGAACAGGAGAGAGAUCUCCAAGUACCUCUUUCAAGAGGGUGUGUGCUACGCGAAGAAGGAUUUCAACUUGGCGAAGCACCCGGAAAUUGAUGUCCCUAAUCUCCAGGUGAUUAAGCUUAUGCAGAGCUUCAAAUCAAAGGAAUAUGUGCGUGAGACCUUCGCAUGGAUGCAUUAUUAUUGGUAUCUUACUAACGAUGGAAUUGAGUUCCUCCGCACAUACCUUAACCUGCCCUCGGAAAUUGUUCCCGCCACGCUGAAGAAGUCUGCCAAACCCCUUGGCCGUCCCAUGGGUGGACCCCCUGGCGAUCGUCCUCGUGGACCUCCCAGAUUUGAUGGUGACAGACCAAGAUUUGGUGAUCGUGAUGGCUACCGUGGUGGGCCAAGAGGACCACCAGGUGAAUUUGGUGGCGAGAAAGGUGGAGCACCUGCUGAUUACCAGCCUGCCUUUAGGGGUCCUGGUGGGCGUCCUGGAUUUGGCCGAGGUGCUGGUGGAUUUGGUGGAGCGCCUUCAAGUUAACUUUGCUAGGUGCUCAUUUCUUAAUAGUUCUUGUUAGGACGCACAUGGACGAAAAUUAUGUUGGACCUGAACUUAAAUUCUGCAUUGAGAUAUCGUUAUGUACUCUGCUGUUAGUUUACAAUUUUGGUUACUUUGAAGUGUACUUGUGUCGGGCUUGUUUAAGUUGUGUGCACUUUUUGCCUGCUAUAAAGUAUUUUCUCUUGGUGGUA